ACCUGUUUGGGUUGACCAAUGUGAGCUUAUAUACUGGUACAAGCACUUUUGAGACUGUUUUGGAGGGCAUAUGAAAACAGUUUGUGAGCUGUUUUUAGCUUAUUUUCAUAAAUUCUACAUGAUAACAUAUGAAAAUUACUUAGAGCUUAUAUUUUUUUUUGGUUACAUACUUGGAGCUUAUAUGAAAUCAAUAGAACUUUAUUUUUUUUACCUUUUGGUAUAAAAAUAGCUUAUACAUAAGCACUGACACGAUAAGCGCUUAUGUUAUAAGCACCUAAUUAAGUUUUUUUUUCCUAUCCAUCCAGACCAAAGCUACCAAUUGGUGCUUAAAUCUUGCGAAGUUGGUUCUGCAAGACAUUUUCUAUUUUACAAAUUUUUCUGUUUUUGAUUUGGAACUACCGGAAUUAGGGUCUUUGACGCCCUAGUGAGUUCACGAAGGUCCAUAUUUCAGUUCUUUGGACCGGCUAUGAGACUAAUCCUGAUUAUUGAGCAGGAUUUUAUCCCUUGAUUCUCAGCUUUCCGGUGUGAAUUACUACUCUAGGAUUCGAACUAAGCUUCCUUAGGAACUCCUCGUUAUGGGGGGACUUGCCAGAUUCAGCCAACUUGUGAUAAUCUAGACAUGGAAGACAAAUCAACUAUCUCUCUAAAGAUCAAGACUGAGGAUGAAAAAGAAGGCGAUGUUAAGGAAGAUAAGACUGAGUUAGAAGUAGAAUUGAAGGUUAAGAACAAAUCAGUUGAGAAAAAGAAAAAACAUAAGGAUGAAAAGAAAUCAGACGAUUCUAAAGAUAUCGGUGAGGAUGGUAGUGAGAAGAAACAUGGUGACAAGGAAGAAAAGGACAAGAAAAAGAAGGAAAAGAAAGAAAAAGAUGAGAAAAGUGGCACAAAGAAGCACAAAGAGAAAGACGGCGAUGAGAAUACGGAGAAGAAAGAAAAGGUGAAAAGUAAGGAAAAUAAAGACAAGGAUGGAGUAGUUUCUGAGGAUAAAAAGGGAAAAGGUGAUGAAGGUGAAGACCUUAAGAAGGAGAAGAAGACAGAUGAAAAGAAGAAGAAAAAGGAGAAGGAUGAAGAGAUCGAAACAAAGAAGGACAAGGGGAAAGAAGAUGUAGGAGAGGUUAGUGAAAAGAAAGAAAAAAGCGAAAAGAAAGAGAAGGAGAAGAAAAAGCACAAAGAUGAAGAUGUGGAGAAAUCGAAGGGAAAGGGAGAUGAGGAUGGCGGCGAAGAGAAUAAGAAAAAGAAGAAGGAUAAGAAAGAAAAAGAGAAGGACGGUGGGAAAACCGAUGAAGGAGAAGAGAAGAAGGAUGCGAAGAAAAAAGAAAAGAAAGACAAGGGAAAGGGAGAAGAGGAUGACGGCGAAGAGAAUAAGAAAAAGAAAAAGGAUAAGAAAGAAAAAGAGAAGGAAAAGGAUGAUAAAAUCAAGCCGAAGAAGGACAGUGAAAAAACUGACGAGGGAGAAGCGAAGAAGGAUAAGAAGAAAAAAGAAAAGAAAAACAAGGGUGAGGAAGAACAGGACGAGAAAGAUGAGAAAACAGUAAUCAAAAAGAAAGAGAAGAAAGAUGAUAAGGAUGAAGUUGUUUCGAGGGAGUUAGGUGGACAAAAGACUGAGGAGAAAGCGGAAGAAGACGAGGAAAAUGACGAUGGGAAGGAAGUGAAAGAGAAGAAGAAAAAAGAAGACAAGGACAAAGGUGGAAAGAAGAGAAAGUUAACUGGAAAGGAUAAGUCCAAUGAUGUCAGCAAGUUGAAGCAAAAGCUUGAAAAGAUCAAUGGAAAAAUAGAAGCACUUCUUGAACAAAAGGCAGACAUAGAAAAACAAAUAAGAGAAGCAGAAGAUGAAGGAUAUGUCGUCGUGGAGAAGGCCAAGGAUGCGGCUGAGUAGCUGUUCAAGGUUACGUGUAGAACAACCGGCACUUCAAAUGAAAGGUGUGUAUGUCUGAUAUGUGUCGAUGUCCCACACUAACACAACAUCGUCACACACGGUUUCUUUUAAUUACUUUUAUUUUCUCAAAUGAUUACUUUUUUUUACGUAUCAGUGUCGUGUUCGGUGUCUGUGUUAUUGCUUCAUACAGGAUAUACUUUAUUAGCUUGAAGACAUUGUAUAAUAAUAAGUGUGAGAACUAGAUGAACGAUUUUAUGUGAAUAAACAUGUCUUUUGAUUAGGUGAUAAAUGCUACACGUGUGUUCAAAUUCAUGGUUCA